AUGUCUGUGGAGAGGGAAGGACCAGAGAUUCAAUCAGAAGUUGGAUUGGAUACGACUAAAAAGAGGUCAUUAUCUCAUUCUACAGAACAUAAAGAUGUGGAUAAUGUUGGAGACAACGACUCAUUGGUGGCCAAAAGAUUAAGACCUGAACAAGAUGAGGAGGAGGAAGUGCACGAUCAAGAACAGGAGGAGCAGGAACAACAGGAGGAGGAACAAGAUGAGGUCAUUUUAUACAUACCAUAUCAUUGUAACUACUGUCAGAAGGAUAUCAGUCAGGUGACAAGGAUAAAGUGCUCGAUAUGUGAUGACUUUGACCUGUGUCUAGAGUGCUUCAGUGUUGGUGUAGAGUUGCCACCACAUAGGAAUGAUCACGACUAUCAUGUCGUUGAUAAUAUGCGAUUCCCAAUGUUCUCAGAGGACUGGGGUGUGGACGAGGAGUUGUUGUUGCUCGACGCCAUCGAAAAGUACAGCAUGAGCAGUUGGAUCGAGAUCAGCGAUAUGAUCGGUACGAAUAAGUCACACAUGGAGUGUAGGAUACACUACUUCACCUACUAUCUGGACACUAUAACAUCACCAAUACCUGAUACAUCCAAAGUGUUAACAACCAGUGACAAUGUGUUGACCUCAAAGGCAUUACCUUCUAAUAAGCCAGCCCUGGAGUAUUACAUAUACAAGGCAGAGAAGCGUCUGAAUGUGUUGGAGACACCUCCACCCGAAGAGGAGGAUAUCGCCGAUGAUGAUGAUGUUCCUGUCACAGUCUUGGAUCAUGAUGUGAGAUAA